AUGCCUGGCUUCGCGGACUCGUUCUGGUCGAGCGACUAUGCCGCUGGACUGGGCGUUCUGUUUGGCAAGCUCCAGCAGGGCGUCAUCGAAGACCGGCAGAUUCUCACGAUUGCUCGGAUGCGCGCCGAGGCCGAAGAGGUGUACGGCCAGCGAAUGAGCGAAAUCCCCCCGGCGGUCGACAAGAUCCAGGGCGGCUUCUCGAAUGACGAUGGAGCCAGCACACGCAAGGCGUACGAGGGCGUGCGGACGGAGAUGGAGGACGCGGCCCGCAACCACCGCAAGAUCGCACAGAACAUCCGCGACCUGGUGGUGAACCCGUUUGCGCGGUGGUGUGAGGCCCACGAAACGCGCAUACAGGACAGCCAGGACGAGCUGCAGACGCGGAUCAAGACGCACGACAAGCAGGCGGAGCUGGUCAAGAAGCUGCGCAGCACAUACUUUAACAAAUCACGGCUGGUGGAGGACGUGGAGGAGGAAAACAAGCUGGCGUUCCAGGACCCAGAGACGAGCCCGAAAGCGAAGAUCCCGGAGAUCAAGGUGGAGAAGGAGGAGGAGGAGGCGGAGGUGCGGUACGAGAUCGGCGAUGAGACGUACCCGCCGGAGGAGGUCAAGAAGAUUCUGGUGCACAUGCUGGACAACAUCAAGCUGGGCGAGACCAAGGUGCCGAUCCUGGGAACGUACACGAACACGUCGGCCGGAUCGGACAUUGUGGAGUACAUGCAUAAGCACAUGGAGACGACGAGCGUGAGCUACGCGGAGCGGAUCGGGCAGGACCUGGUGACGCACGGGUUUCUGCGGCUGGUGGGCAACGUGGGCAACACGUUUGCGAACAGCUCGAAGCUGUUCUACCAGUGGCGGCCAAAGGCCUUCCAGAUGGCGGGAGUGCCGGAGAAGAAGGCGGUGCUGGGCCGGACGUUCUCGUUGCCGGCGGGGACAGAGUCGGAGAGCGGGUCGGUGGACUCGCCGGUGAUGGGGACGGUGAGCGAGUACCUGGAGAAGUGGAACGUGCUGGGGAUGGCGUACCCGAACGAGACAUCGGCAGACCGGAUGCGGCGGGAGGCGCGGGAGGCAGACGAGCGGUACAAGACGGGGGUACGCAAGCUGGACGAGCUGCGGUGCGAGCUGGAGGAGACCAUUUUCAACCACCUGCGCUUCCUGGAGCGUUGCGAGCUGGACCGACUCAAGGCAAUCAAGACGGUGAUUCUGGACUUCUCGGGGACGAUCAGCAAUGUGAUCCCGAGCCUGCAGUCGACGGUGGACAAGCUGGUGCUAUUCCAGGAGACGGUGCAGCCGCUGGGCGACCUGCGGUAUCUGUUGGAGAGCUACCGGACGGGCAGCUUCAUCCCGCGGGUGGUGACGUACGAGAACUACUACAACAAGGUGGACGAGGAGACGUUUGGGGUGGACAUUGAGGCACGGGCGCGGGCGGACAAGAAGCGGGUGCCGAUUAUUGUGACGUCGCUGCUGACGUACCUGGACCACCACUACCCGGACCUGGAGGGCGACGAGGCGCGGCGCAACGUGUGGUUGCUCGAGGUGCCGCUGCAGCAGACGCACCGGCUGCGGGCCAAGGUGAACCACGGCAAGGCCUUCUCGCUGGAGGUGUUGCAGGAGUUUGACAUCCCGACGGUGGCGAGCCUGUUGAAGCUGUAUCUGCGGGAACUGCCAGACUCCCUCGUAUCUUCGCAUGUGUACGAGAUCAUCCGGACCAUCUACCAGACGCCAACGGGCGAGGGCAGCGACGAAGGGCAGCGGGUGCCGGUGCUGCAGCAGACGCUGUCGCAACUGCGGCUGACCAACAUUGCGACGCUAGAUGCGUGCAUGAACCACUUUACGCGGCUGAUCGAGCUGACGUCGGCAGACGAGGCAUACGUGGCAGCGCUGGCGACUGAGCUGGCGCCAUGCAUCCUGCGGCCACGCAUCGAGAGCUCGCUGACGAUGGAAGAGAAGCACGGGUACCGGCUGGUGCGCGACCUGUUUGCGCACAAGGGGGCCAUUUUCAAGGAGCUGAAGCGGCUGUCGGCGCUGACGCACUCGUCGUCGGUAACGGGGCGGCAGAGCGCGGUGGUGAGCGGCGGAGGCUACGGCGGAGGUGGAGGUGGCUACGGUGGUGGAGGUUCGGGAGCAGGUGGCCUGGGCGGUCCUGGGACUCCGGGCAGCGUGGUGAACCGGCCGCGAGCCAUCAGCACGGACGAGAGCAACCGCAAGGCCAACAUGGAGGAGCGGACGCGGGCAUUGCUGGAGAAGGCAUCAGGAGGACGAGGCCGAGCCACAUCGCCGGCGUCGGGACCACGGACGAACCACCGGCGCGACAAGAGCAGCGGCGGACCCGAGACGAGGUUCCCGAUCCAGACGAGCAGUCCGACAACAUCGACGGGCGGACAUGUGCGCCAGAGCGUGGGGCCGGUGCUGGGAGUCAAGCGGCAGAGUCUGGAGGUGCCGGGCGAAGGAGGCGGCAGCGGCAGCGACGGCGUGGCGACACCACCCAACGGCGUGGAACUGGUCGACGGAAGUGGUCCGGGGACACCGGGAUCGCCGGCCGAGAAGCGCAACAGCCUUGGUCGCACCAGCGUGCGGUUUGUGGGCGGCCGGCGGAUUGCGCCCGUGGUGCCGACCCCUUCGGCUACAGCGGCAGCAGCGGCAGCAGCGGCGGCAGCGGCAGCGGCACAGGCAUCGGCGGCAGCUUCGAGUGCUGCGGCGACGACAUCGCCGACGGCCGGAGAUCACCAUGGUGUCACGCUCGUGGAUCGACCGAUGGACGACUGA